CUGCCAAGUCCGAAACUCAAAGAGACGACCUACGAGUUGAAAGAGAAAAACGUAAAAUUGAAGCUAUCAGUCGUGGAAACGUGUGGAUUCGGCGACCAAAUCAAUAAAGAAGAAAAUGUGAAACCUGUGGUUGAGUAUGUGAACGGGCAGUUUGAAAAAUAUCUUCAAGAGGAAUUGAAAAUGAAACGUAGUAUUCAAACCUUCCAUGAUACCCGGGUUCAUGUUUGCCUCUACUUUAUUCCUCCUACUGGCCACAGCCUCAAGUCGAUUGACGUUGUUGCGAUGAAAGCCCUGGAAAACAAAGUUAAUAUUGUUCCAGUGAUAGCCAAAUCGGACACUGUAACAAAAGCUGAAAUGCAGAAAUUCAAGGCAAAGAUUUUAUCCGAGAUACAAUCCAAUGAAAUUAACAUCUAUCAAUUUCCUACGGACGACGAAUAUGUCAGUGAACUUAAUGCCAAAAUGAACCAAUUUGUCCCGUUCGCUGUGGUUGGUAGUUCGGAGGAGAUGAAGAUCGAUGGGAAACCGAUGCGUGUUCGCCAAUAUCCAUGGGGUGCGGUUCAAGUGGAAAAUGAACUCCACUGUGACUUUGUGCGACUGCGCGAAAUGUUGCUGCGUGUGAACAUGGAGGAUUUGCGCGAACGUACGCACACAGUGCAUUAUGAAACGUAUCGUCGUCAGCGUUUGCUGGAAAUGGGCUUCCGGGAUGACGAGAAGAUGAGCUUGCAGCAAUUUGUCCCGUUCGCUGUGGUUGGUAGUUCGGAGGAGAUGAAGAUCGAUGGGAAACCGAUGCGUGUUCGCCAAUAUCCAUGGGGUGCGGUUCAAGUGGAAAAUGAACUCCACUGUGACUUUGUGCGACUGCGCGAAAUGUUGCUGCGUGUGAACAUGGAGGAUUUGCGCGAACGUACGCACACAGUGCAUUAUGAAACGUAUCGUCGUCAGCGUUUGCUGGAAAUGGGCUUCCGGGAUGACGAGAAGAUGAGCUUGCAGGAGACUUAUGAGAAGCGACGUGAGCUGCAGAGAAAAGAACUGCAACAAAAGGAGGAAGAAAUGCGUCAGCUGUUUGUUCAACGUGUGAAAGAGAAGGAACAAGUUCUCAAGGAAGCUGAACGAGAGCUACAGUCAAAAUUCGAGGCCCUUAAACGCAGUCAUGCGGAGGAGAAGAAAAAGUUGGAGGAUAAAAAGAGAGUUUUGGAGGAAGAAAUGGCCGCUUUCGAACGUCGAAAACAGUGGGCUGAACAGGCAAAAAUGGGCAACACAUUUAAAAAGAAAAAAUGA